AAUUGGACAACCCGCGAGACUUUGGUGGGCGUGGAUUCAGAGGAGAAGCUUCCUGUUCGGAUGAACACGUGGUUCCGCGUCUGCUUGUCUGUCAGUGUGAAGGUUUCCAGCCUUUCUCUCAUACCUCUCCCUGUUUAUCCUCCCGUAACACACAGCAGACCUUAUCCUCUCUCUACUCCGUCCCACCCGCACCUCCUCCUGCUACACUUUGCUUCUUCUCUUUGCGACGGCUCCCGAGACACAGCCAGGCCGCGGUCACUUCAACGUGUAUCCGCUCAGAGAGGGAGAGAGAAAGAGAGAGGGAUAGCGUGUGUGUGUGUGUUUGUGUGUGUGUGUGUGUGUGUGUGUGUGUGUGUGUGUGAGAGAGAGAAAGAGUGUGUGUGUGUGUGAGUGACAGAGUGUGUGAGUGCGUGUGCGCGCAACCGGUCCAUCCGUGUUAUUAUUUCUCCCACGAUCCCGCCUCGUUAUUCGGCCAUGACGCUGGAAGCGAUCCGCUACCGGUCCGGGUCUCUGCAGAUCCUAAACCAGCUGCUGCUGCCACACAAGACCGCUUACGAUGAGAUCCGCUCGGUGCAGGACGCUUACGAGGCCAUCAAGUCCAUGAAGGUGCGGGGCGCCCCGGCCAUCGCCAUCGUCGGCUGCCUAAGCCUGGCUGUGGAGUUGCGGGCAGGCGCCGGGGGGGACGAUCCCGUGACCUUUAUUAGGGAGUCUCUGUGUCACCUGACCUCAGCUCGGCCCACCGCCGUCAACAUGGGCCGCGCCGCCCGCGAGCUGAUGGAGUUUGCUGAGAACGAGAGCAUGGAGAAGAAUUCGGAGCAGCUCAGAGAAAGUGUAAUUGCCUGGAUCGAAGACAUGCUGGAGCGUGACGUCAAUGACAAUAAGAAGAUCGGAAACUAUGGCGCCCAGCACAUCCUGUCUGGCGUUCCGAGGGACUCUGUGACCAUCCUCACACACUGCAACACCGGCUCGCUGGCCACUGCUGGAUACGGCACCGCACUCGGUGUGGUGCGAAGCCUCCACGCGCUGAGCAGGCUGAAGCGUGUGUACUGCACAGAGACGAGGCCGUACAACCAGGGAUCCAGACUGACGGCUUAUGAGGCGGUAGCAGAGGGAAUCCCUGCUACGCUUAUUACAGACAGCAUGGCAGCCCUCACCAUGAGAGAAAUGAACAUCACAGCUGUGGUGGUGGGUGCAGACAGGGUGGUUGCCAACGGCGACACUGCCAACAAGGUGGGCACAUACCAGCUGGCCAUUGCCGCAAAGCACCAUGGGAUUCCGUUCUAUGUUGCCGCACCCAGCACGUCAUGCGACUUGAGCUUAGAGAGCGGCAGGGACAUCGUCAUAGAAGUGCGCCCCCCUGAAGAACUCACCAGUAUAAAUGGGAUCCCCAUUGCCGCCCCGGGUAUCGAGGUGUGGAACCCAGCGUUUGACGUGACCCCUCACCAGCUCAUCACGGGAGGCAUCAUCACAGAGCUGGGAGUCUUCCUCCCCUCUGAGCUCCAGGCGGCACUCACCGGCCGCCUCACUGCCCUCUAGAGCCUCUCAUCCCCACCUGCUGGUCCGUGUGCACCACUGCACCUUAUCGUCACACACUCAGAAACACUAAUUUCAUCACAGAACACACACAGACACACACACACACACACACACACACACACACACACACACACACAUAGUUGUGUUAUAAUUUAAUUUUGGUCAAUGCACAGUCCCUGUUACAUGUCUGUGGUGCACACAGAAAAAAUAUCAGUGUAUCAGUCUCUUACUCACCCACAUAUACACAUUCACUGCAGGGAGUCAAGCAGACACACUCCACUUUCUUUCAUGUCCCUCUUUGUUUUCUAUGGUCUUACCAAUUUCACCUUUUCCCAAGUUUUCCAUCCCAUUUUUCAUUCUCUCUUGCCGCCUCUUUCUCAUGCUAAAUGGCUUCUGUGACAACGAAUAGUGAUCAGCUGAACUCAAUCCCAUAAAUUCUAUUUGGCAAAAAAAAUGAUGGAGUCAUUUUUCAGGACUUCUUCAACUACAAACUAAAAAACUUCCAAAAUGUCUAAGUGGCAUGACUGUUUAUUUCAUUUUAAAGUAGUGUUUUUUUUUCUAAGCCACGGUUUCUAAAUCCUGCUACCCACUUGUAAAUAAAUACAUAUUCUUGCUGGUAGUGUGUACAUAUGUAGAAGACUAACCCCUGCUAGUAAAAGGUACUGCUAUUUUAACUAAAUAUGUGGUUAUUUGAAAUUUAAAUUUGACAUAAAAAAUGUUAUAUUAACAUUUCAUUUAUUUGCGUAGAAAUCUUUUUUUAGAGGAAUUAUCCAAAUUUAUAGCUCAUACAUUUUCACAACCAGAUUUUUAGUGAUAUGAACAAUUGUAUUUCACUCUCACUUUUUACCCCGUGCAGCAAAAUUUGGAAUUUCUUGAUCAGUCCUCGCUGGUCAGCUGAAGCCUAUGACAAUACAUGUAUUUAUACCUCAUUCCUUGUUUGUAUCUUGCUAUUCCCAGUUGUAUUGUAUCAUACCAUACUUGUAUUCUCAUAAUGUACUUCUAUCUAUAUAUAUAUAUAUAUAUAUAUAUAUAUAUAUAUAUAUAUAAUGUAACCAUACUUAUUUCAGCACCAUACAAAUAUUCACCAUAUUGCAAAAGAUGCUCUGUAAGAUUAAAAAAUCAAAAAAAAAAGAAACAAAAAAAAACGUUAGAAGGUAUUGUGUAAUUUUGCCAUAACAGCUUUUGCCAUGAUCUCAGAGGUCUGUUAUGCUGUUGUAUUUCUGUAAUACAGGCAUCUCCAUUAAAGGAAUAGUUCACCCCAAAAUAAAGGUUUUGUCAUCUGCUCACUUGCAUGUCAGUCAAGACUCAAGACUAUAUGUCAGGCUAUAUGGCAGGCUUUUCUCAAAUUAAGGUCAUUGUUUUACAGCCUAAAAAAAUUAAUAAUCAAAUGGUUAAACUUGAUAAAGAACUCUGCUUGCCAACUUUACUGUUUUGAUUCACUCUUCACUGCACUCACGACUUUGUUUAGUUUUAAAGGAUGCUGUUUUGCAAAAGCUCUGGUAGAACCACUGCACUCUACCUGUUUAGCGCUAAAACAACAGACGGACACAGUAAGCGACUUACUUGUUUAUAUUCCCCUAGGAAGACAAAAUCAGCUGAAUUGAGCGUAAAUAUUGGUUUUGAUUUGUCAAUUGGACACAUGGGGCAACAUGACUCCACAUUAAUGAUUAGGUCUGUGUGCUCUGUGUCCACAGGAUGCAUACCUAAGCAACGGUUUGCUAAAAUGCCUUAACAACUUUAUAAGGUGGUAAUAUGACAAUGUUGUGUUUACACCUUGUUGCGCUGCCCCCAAGUAGCCAAAAAAGCAAUUAAUGCAGGUCUAAAGACCCUCGGUCUGGACAUUAUGCAGGUAUUUGAAAGUGUUUAGGGAAAGCAAGGCGUGUAUUGUAUUUUACUUUAUAGAUCUGUGAAAAGAUGGUUUUAACUUUAGUUACUCAGAAGUCUAAGAGAGAAAUGUGAGAACAACUACUGUGGCCAGACACGCUGCAGAGUUCAUCAAAAACUUGAUGUGGGAAUGAGCAGUAGAUGACUUCAUGUCUUUAUUUUGAGGUGAACUAUUCCUUUAAGAUUGGUGGGGUCUUAUCCAUACUGAAGUAUCUGUCUGCAGAGAGCUCUGCGACACAGUGUGAUGCCAUCAAAAAUCAGAAUGUAAUAUUAAACUCAGAUGAACUUGCUUUUUGGCAGGACAGAUUUCAGACACUUCUUGCCUUUGUGCUCUGUUCAGAAUGUGUUUCGACUUUUUUGCAUUAAACUGAAAUGCUGUUUUACUUCAGACUGACUUCAAUCAGAAAAAUAAUCAGUAACUAUCUGGAUAACAUAAAGGCUUAUGUUUUUUGUUUUUUUUCCAAGCAAAAAGGCUAAAUGUUAAUAUUUGCGGUUUUGUCAUGAGAAAUCUCAUGAAUGAAUUAAUAAUUAAUUGCAGCCCUACCUUCAUCACGCACCCUUAUUGACUCUCUAGUUUUAAAACCUGACAGUGAACUAGUAUUUGCCCAUAACCACUAGUUAUUGAUUGUGUGAAAGAUGUGUUACUGGCCAGUCAUCCGACAAUGCGUUUGUUGUUCUAAGUGGCUCCGUAGAAAAUUCCCAGAUAUCUCGAUCUGUAUGGGACACACCUACUCGCUGCACUGAAUGUCACAGGGCCAGACUCGGGGUGGCCCACACUGAUCACUGCCUUACAGGUGCAGCACCAAUAUAGCUCACUGAUGUGAACUGGCAUCAUGACCGGAUAGACAGCAGCCCCUCAGUCCUUCCUUCACCCUGGUUUAUAUCAUGUAGCCAUAUCUUUCAACCCUUGCCACAAAAUAUGCUAGUCUACCUUCUUCACACACCCCUUCUGACCUCAUACACUGUCCUUUUGGACUUUGUCACUAACUUUAUUCAUUUGAACAAGUGACAAAUAAAAAAAAUAAAAAAAGAACCACUGAAAGGUCCAGAGAAACACCCUUAAAAAAGAUGUAAUGUUACCAAUAAUAAUUUCAGUAUCCAUACUGUCAUUGUCCAUAUCUUCCUGUAAUAUAAGCUAACUUCUUCUUUCAUCUUCCACCUCUUCAUUUGUCCUCUGUUCACCCAUCACACCUCAACUCACAAAGAUGCUGUUAGGUCACACACAAGCAUAAAAGACACUUUGAAUUUUCUUUUUGUUUUGUACAGAUUAAGACAUCACGUGUUUAGGGGCAAAUUUUGACAGUGUUCCAGACAUAUGUAGCAACUUUGUGGCAGUCAGACACGCCACAUAUUAUUUCUUUCUAAAUCUUUAAGAGGUACGAGAUUUUUGUUUGUCUGUACAUCAUGAUUAUAACUGUUUGGCUGUGGUUUGUUGUUUUAUUUCAUGACAUUGUGAUUCCUAGUGACUAGGCCAUUAGUACACCACACUGGGGAGGCCUCCUCAACCAUACACACUACCUCUCCGUCUGCCUACACGGACUCAAACACUGAAAUGCAUGAACAUAUGCACUUAAUGUGCCAGGCUGCCGCAAAGCAGGUUGACAGAUUGUAAAAAAAUAAAUAAACUGGACUAAACUUCUCCACAUCUCACUAAUGUUUGUACCGUGAACCAAAAGUGACAAAAGAUUUGUGGCGGUGCUUUUAGUUUGCCAAAGUAGCCUAGAUUUAGGCUAGUGUGUUAUGUUUGGUUGAAGCUGAAUAGUUUCUGCAUUACACUUUUGUAGCCGCAGCAAUAUAGUACUGUGUUUAAAAAAAAAAAGAUGUUCUACCAACCUUCUCCUUGAGACGCCCAACACACGCCUAUUGAUCAGGUGCCAAAAUUAAGCACUGCUUGCCACGUAUUUUCCACCUUGAUUUAAUUCAUCAAAGCAGGUGUUUGUGUAUUAUUCUCAAUGAUUAGUAUUGCCUGCAGUUACCAUGGAAGGAGUGUUGUUCAGAUGGCCUCUUUAAGUGGAAGUAUGUUAUUGUUGUUAUUGAUAAUCACUUGAUCUGGGUUUAUUUUGUAAUGUGGAAAUGAUUCAAAACUAGAUUUUUUUUUUUUUUAAAUAUAUAUGUAUAUGAAUAUAAUGCUGUAAAGUGCAGUCAUGAAUUAAGAAAUUUCUCUUUCACAUCAAUACAGUCAAAUAAAACCACAGUGAAUUGAA